AUGCAAGUUCAAACACCUUCCAAUAUAGAAAAUAUGUGUAAUAAUUUUGCUGAAAAUUUUCAUAAUGAUAAUGUAGAAGCUUUACCACCAAAGUUUUCUCAUAAUAGUACAUGGAAGGAAAGAGAGAAGGUAUUAUCAGAUAUUACUAAAGAAAUUCUUUAUUCCUUAGGUGAUAUUUGGCAAAAUCCUGCCUUCGAUGCAGAGUUUGCAGAAGGUCAAAGUGAAGGUAC